AUGACAGCGACCGAGCGACUUGGGUGCUCGACGCUGCGGUCCGUAGCGGUGCAGUCGACGCACAUCCAGCGUGUCCAGCUCCUGGACUCCUCGAGAAGCGUGAAAACAUCCCGUAUCAGCGUUGGGCUGACUGUUCGUCGACGUUGGCAGCGUCCAUGGCGUGUGAAGUCGUGGCUUUCACUGCUGCUGGGCUUUUUGUAUUGCGUAACGUAUUGUGGAGCUCCUGCAGCCGCUAGUACAACGCUUGGGGGACACAAUAACCACAAUAGCAAUAUGGUGGGACCGUCCAGUGACCUCUACAUUGUCUUGGUGAGCAUCCCCGUGCUGGACAAGAUGCUGCCGCUCAAGCACUUGGCCGAGACGUUGCUAUCUCGUGGUGUUCGGGUGGGCUAUGCGCUGCCUGAGGACUGUCGUCAAUGGGCAAGUGACGUGGAGGGACUCGAGUUCAUUUCUCUGAGCGGUGUCUCGAGCAAAGACCGAGCGUCUGCUCUGGACUCGGGGGAGCUACAAGGCGUUGACGUUUAUGAAAACCAUGUCAAUACGCUGCGACACUAUGCGUCGUUCCAGCGGCCAAUGCUUCGACCAUUACGGGAAAAUCUGGAACAUGAUCGACCAGAUCUUGUGGUGGUGGAUCGAUACACUUUUGCAGGCUUUGACGUCUGCCAUCAACUGGAGCUGCCAUAUGUUGUGAACGAUCCGCACUUGUUGCUGGAUAUCGAUUCGCCUCCUGCUUAUAUCCCGGCACCUUUCUCCAGCUAUACUAUGCACACGUUGAGUGUGCUUGAACGGUGUUUGAAUAGUUACUAUCGACUGCGUUUUCGACUUGGACUUGUGAAUGUGUACAAGGAAAUUAAUGCCGUGCGGCGAGAACACGGACUCGCCGCUAUUGAGACCAAGCAUCAAAUGCAUGGCCAGGUGCUCGUAUUAGUAAACUCGGUCUUCGGACUGGAUGAGGCGCGUCCAAUGACGCCUCAGUUCCGAAUGGUAGGCCUGUUGCAGUCGCAGAAGCUGCAGCUUGCAUGCGCAGAAACUAAGAGCACUUCUGUUAGACAGAGCAGGUUUCCAGCGUCUCUGACGAAGUGGUUAGACGAUCCGGGGAACCAAGAAAAACCAUUGAUCUUCAUCAGCCUGCAUGCCGAUGUGCCUUCGACGUCCGAGUCCUUCGCAACUAUCAUGAAUGCACUGGAAACCGUGCAUGCCCGACUCUUGUGGAAGGCAACGGUACACGAACAAGCCGCCUAUGACCUGCGCGCACGUCCGCGCGACUCGGUAUUAUUUCUCGGUGAGGGACUGGAGGAUGCAGCAAUACUUGCUCUUGUCCCUGAGAUAGAGUUGCUCAUCACCACAGGAGACUUUCAGAGUAUGCAAGAAGCUCUCGUCGUUGGUGUGCCUAUCUUGGGCCUUCCUUGCUCAGCCGAGCAACUUGAGGGUGUGGACGCUGUUGAGCGAGCGGGUGCUGGUAUACGACUGGACGGAAAAGCAUUGUCCGAGAGCAGCAUUCGCCUGGCAGUGGAGAGAAUACUACUGGAAGACAAAGAGUACUUUACCUCCAAUGCUGAGCAUGUCGGCGAGCUAGUGAAGACUGGUGGAGGGGUGGAUCGCGCCGUGGACGAGGUGUUGGCUGUCACUGAAUUCGGGUCUCGCCAUUUGCUGCCAAUGCGCAAUCUGCAGCCGCUUUACAAGGUGUACCUCGUGGACGUGUAUCUGAUCUACGGUGUCAUUCUCUGCGGUGCAGCCAUUAUCUUGCGCACGUUUGUGUCGCUUGUGCUAUCGGUUUUCCAGCCUGUCGCUCUGCUCGGGGUACCUAAAGCGGAAGAUGUUGCAGCGAACGACCAAUCGAGUUAA